AUGACUCACCAUACUGACUCCAAUGCAAUAUCGAAUUCUGAUACUAGUCCUGAGUGUAAUGAUACUUCUAGUAAUGAAUCAUUAAGUGAAGAUAAUAUUAGUGCGGACCUUAAUAUUAUUACAGAUCAUUCUGAUAAAACUAGUGAUACAGACCAUUCUAAUAAAAAUAAUAAUCCAAACCAUUCUAAUAAAAAACCUGGUACCAAAUGGACAACGGAAUGUGGGCAGUUAGUUAAGACUCAGGGUUCAACUAGCAACUUUCAAACACAUUUAAAUACACAUGGAAUUACUAAACCUACCAAAGUUAUUGAUACAAUCGAACAGCCAACAAUUACUGAAAUGUUCUAUCGUGCUACUGGACAAAAUACUCAUCAAAAAGAAUCCAUCAAUUAUGCUUUGGUAGAAUGGAUAGUUACAGAUUUGCAACCUCUUUAUGUUUUGAAAAAUGAAAGUUUUAUUAAACUUAUUCAUACCUUAAAUCUAUAUUACGAACUUCCAUCUGAUAAAUAUAUAAAAGCACUAAUUCAUCAAAGUUAUAAUUAUUCAAUAAAAAAUCUUAAAAUGCUUCUAGCAACAGAAAUAAAAACAUGCGGAUUAACAUGCGACUUAUGGACUGCACAUUCUAAAAGUGGAUAUAUAGGUGUUACAUGUCAUUUUAUUAACUCUAAUUAUGAAUUAAAAGAAGCUAUACUUGCAAUUAAAUAUGCUCCAUAUCCUUAUGAUGCUGUAAACAUUAAAGCUGAAUUAGAGGAAAUAAUUAAUGACUGGGGGCUUUUGAAAAGAUAA